GCCAGACACCUGUUCGGCCGGGCCCGGCGUUGGUGGCCCGGGGGGUCCCAGGAUGAAAGUGACCGUGUGCUUCGGCAGGACGGGCAUCGUGGUGCCCUGCAAGGAGGGUCAGCUGCGGGUCCGCGAGCUCACGCAGCAGGCGCUGCAGCGGUACCUGAAGGCGCGGGAGAAGGAUCCUGGAUACUGGGUGAAGAUCCAUCACUUAGAAUACACAGAUGGAGGUAUCUUGGAUCCAGAUGAUGUCUUGGCAGAUGUCGUUGAAGACAAAGAUAAGCUGAUUGCUGUGUUUGAAGAACAAGAACCACUCCACAAGAUUGAGAGCCCCAGUGGAAACCCUGCAGGUCGGCAAAGCCCAGAUGCUUUUGAGACAGAAGUGGCUGCCCAACUGGCUGCAUUUAAACCGAUUGGUGGAGAAAUUGAAGUAACCCCUUCUGCUCUGAAAUUAGGCACACCACUGCUGGUGAGGAGGAGCAGUGACCCAGCGCCAGGCCCACCUGCUGAUGCCCAGCCAAGCACUUCACACCCCAGUGGCCAGAGUCUGAAACCUGUUAUUCCUGAUUCCAUACAGAUUUUAGAAGAUAGAGAAGCUAUGAAUGAUACACAGAUAGAGCUACUGCCAUCAGCAAAAACGAAGACUGUACUGAGUGAUAUGACAAGAACAGUGGAGAUUUCUGGGGAAGAAGGUCCCUUGGGAAUCCAUGUUGUGCCCUUCUUUUCGUCUCUGAGUGGAAGAAUUCUAGGACUCUUCAUCCGUGGUAUUGAAGAAAACAGCAGAUCCAAGAGGGAUGGACUGUUUCAUGAAAAUGAAUGUAUUAUAAAAAUCAACAAUGUGGACCUCGUAGACAAAUCCUUUACUCAGGCUCAGGAAGUUUUCCGGCAGGCAAUGAGAUCACCCAGCAUGCUCCUCCACGUGCUACCACCUCACAACCGAAAACAGUAUGAAAAAUCAGUCAUCGGCACUCUUAGCUUGGUUGGGAACAAUGAUGGUGCUUUAAAAACACAGUUGCCACCUACCGCUGCUCAUGGAAAACCAGGAAUAAAGCCGGGAACAAGCAGUCCUGAAGAAGAUAUUUCAACUUCCCUGCAACAGAGCAAGAGCCCCCGCGUACCAAGAAUCCCUAGAAAGCUAGCCUCCCCAUCACUGUCUCCUCUCAUGGGGUUUGGAAGCAAGAAAAAUGCUAAGAAAAUUAAGAUUGACCUAAAGAAAGGCCCUGAAGGACUUGGUUUCACAGUAGUUACAAGAGACUCUUCUAUACAUGGACCUGGCCCUAUUUUUGUAAAAAACAUUUUGCCAAAAGGUGCAGCAAUAAAAGAUGGCCGCCUGCAAUCAGGGGACAGAAUUUUGGAGGUAAAUGGUAGAGAUGUCACUGGACAAACUCAGGAAGAACUUGUGGCCAUGCUGAGGAGUACCAAGCAGGGAGAGAUAGCAUCACUGGUCAUUGCCCGGCAAGAAGGAACUUUCCUGCCCCGAGAGCUGAAAGGAGAGCCUGCCUGCUAUGGUCUUUCCUUGGACACAAUUGAACAACUCACCUUCGAGAUCCCCCUGAAUGAUUCAGGUUCUGCUGGUUUAGGGGUGAGCUUAAAGGGGAACAAGUCUCGAGAAACUGGAACAGACUUUGGGAUUUUCAUCAAGUCCAUCAUCCAUGGAGGUGCUGCCUAUAAGGAUGGCCGUCUGCGGAUAAAUGACCAACUGAUUUCUGUUAAUGGGGAAGCUCUUUUGGGAAAGUCAAACCAUGAAGCUAUGGAAACACUUAGGCGGUCCAUGUCCAUGGAAGGAAAUAUACGAGGCAUGAUCCAGCUGGUUAUUCUGAGGAGACCAGAGAGACAGGCAGAGGAACCUACAGAGUGUGGGACCCACUCUAAGCAGUGCUUUGGGAACUGUCAAAGCUCUUUAGCCGCCUCUAGGAGAAAUGGUACCAGUCCACCACAUAGGUUUCGCCCUUAUAGUCCACAAGACAAGAAGGAAGAGUCAUUAUUUUUCACUGAUGGAUGGUCUGAGAGUGAAGUACCCCCUUCUCCACCACCACAUCCCAUUUUGGAACUGGGCCUUGAAGAUUACAACCACAGCCCAGGGAUGGAAUCGACAGAAUAUUUUCCAGACCAGCAUAUAAACUUCAGAUAUGUGGUCCCAGCCAGGCAGCCUGAAUCAAUGAAUCUGAAAGCCUCAAAGAGCAUGGACCUCGUGCCAGAUGAAAGCAAAGUCCAUUCAAUGGCUGGACAAAAAUUGGUGUCUCCAGGCAAAGAUUUUGGUCCAACUCUGGGUUUGAAAAAGUCCAGUUCCUUGGAGAGCCUACAGACAGCAGUGGCCGAAGUUAGGAAGAAUGAACUUCCCUUCCACAGACCCCGGCCACACAUGGUUCGUGGCCGAGGCUGCAACGAGAGCUUCAGAGCAGCCAUUGACAAAUCUUACGAUGGGCCCGAAGAAUUAGAAGCUGACAGUCUGUCUGAUAAGAGCUCUCAGUCCGGCCAAGGAGCUCUGAACUAUGAAUCAGCCCCUCCAGGGACCUCUGAGCUAGAGGACAGGGACAAUAAAGCCCGGAAAGCCAAAAAAGUGAAAGAGAAGGAGAAGAAGAAGGAGAAGAGCAAACUGAAAGCCAAGCAGAAAAAGCAGAAAGAGGAAAACGAAGAUCCAGAAAAGAAGACAAAGCUGAAGGGAUUUGGCGCCAUGCUGAGAUUUGGAAAGAAGAAAGACGAUAAGAGUGGAAAGGCUGAUCAAAAGGGAACUCUGAAGCAUGGUGGCCUUAGAGAAGAGGAACUGGAAAAAAUGCGAGAGGAGCGUGAGAGGAUUGGAGCAAAACAUCAGGAGCUAAGGGAAAAGCAGACAAGAGGUUCUGGUGAUUUUGCUACUGGGGUAACUGGAUCCUUGCAUGAUAUGGAUGACGAUGAAAUAGAUCCCAAUUACGCCAGAGUAAACCACUUCCGGGAGCCAUGCGCAUCUGCAAAUGUCUAUAGGUCUCCAUCUCCACCUCGGGCUGGACCAUUGGGUUACCCUCGGGAUGGCCGUCCACUAUCUCCAGAAAGAGAUCACUUAGAGGGUCUCUAUGCCAAGGUCAACAAGCCAUAUCACCCACCAGUGCCAGUAGACAGUGGCCGAGUCACUGGCGGAAGUGCGGACCGAAUCCAGAAGCUGCGGAAGGAGUACUAUCAGGCUCGGAGGGAAGGUUUCACUUUAUAUGAAGAUGAUGAAGGAAGAGCAAGGCCGUCGGAUUAUGACCUUCACUGGGUGCCUGGAAAGGGUCCAGAUGGGAGUGCGCACAACCUUCGCUUUGAGGGGCUGGAGAGACAGUAUGCAUCGUUACCCAGGGGAGGACCAGCGAAUCCCAUGGACUAUCGGAUGGCAGCGCCUCGAGGGCUCUUCAAGGAAAGGGAGAUUCCUUACUACCCAGGGGCUCACCCUGUGCAGCCACCCAGAGGGGGCUAUCCCCAGCCCCCAGAUCUGAGGGUCACAGAUCUCCGCUAUCCUCAGUACUACCCGCCCCCACCAGCCCCCCAGCACAAAGGACCCUUCCGACAAGACGUUCCACCUUCCCCACCUCAGCACCACAGAGUGCCAGCCUAUCCGGAAAUGGGCAGGUCAGGGCCCCAUGGGGGCAGCCUGGACCAGUACCCCUACCGAACCCAGGACCCUCGACAGAAGAACCCCAUGACGGCAGCUGUGUAGCUGAACAACACAGAGCUCUCCACACAAUGCAGCACAGAAAGAACUAACAUCACCUUUGCCCUUGCUUGACCUUUAGGCCUACCUUCCUGUUAAGAAUUCUGGUGGUACAGAUUAGGCUUUUCUCUCUGAGAGUCUAACACUUGAUGCUAAUAAUUGGGAAAAGAAAAGAAGGAAGGGAGGGGGGAAAUGAUAAGGAAGAGCCUCUUGGGGUUUUACAAACUGCCCCAGAGUCAACACACUUUGAGAAUUGUUCUGGAGCAAUGAGAGUUAAGAUAAUGGGGCAGAUAACAGUGACCAUAAAGUAGGGGAUGCCCCUCUGGCAAGAGAACUUGUGGGCACCUAGGCUCCGUAGAAUCAGCAGCACCCAAAGUGCCCACAUCAUCAUCAUCAUCUAUUCUCAGGUGAGGCCUCAGCCUCCUUUUUGAGUGGUUGAGCCUUUAAAGUGACCGCAUCUGGAGAUAUCCCAAGGGAGUACAUAUUACAUUGAGGAAAAAAAGAAGAAGAAGAAAAAAACAACAUACUAGUGAUCACCCUAAAAUGUUUAAUGCCCAGAAGAAGAAUGCAUAUCUGUUUAUCAA